CGCCCGAGGUCAGCCUUCUUUCCCUGCACGGCCCUUCCCUGCUCUGGUCCUGGCCCAGCCUUGCCUCACGUGGAAACCGGUUAUCACCGCCUCCAACCGUCUCAUGCUUCGGCUCAUAGAAAACGAGGUUUGUUUCGCUUUCUCGAGGCAUAACGUACACACCGCACAGCUCACCCACGUCGAGCACGACACUUGGUGCAUGCCGGUGCGUCCGUUCUGCCUUCUGGCCGAGCGCGCUGCCGUGCAUGGUCACGUGCAAACCUGCCUGCGGUCGGAUCUUCUGGUAUCUCUGGGGCCCGUUCCCAGGGGUGAAAUUCCAGGGUGGAAGACCAUGCGUCACCUGACUUCAAGAGUCAGGCACAAGGGCAGAGAGCACCCUGCUCGGGUGAGUGUCCCCCGGUCACUGCCACUCGCUGAGACACGUGGGCGUCCGUCACGCGGCAGGCUUGCGAGGACCAGGUGCAGCGGUCAUGAGCUGGCUUGUCGGACGUCGUCAGCCGCCCUGUGGUUCCGGAAAGACCUUGCGAAGACCAGCGGGGCACCUCAGUGGGGGAGAGGAGGGAACUCUGGCCCGUGCAGGAAGCCCAGGGGGACUGCACAGAGCGGGGUGGCCCCUUCUCUUUCCAGAACUCCCCGAAGCUUUACCAACGACCAAGAACCUUUUCUUCUUUUAAAAAAUACAGCUUUCAUGUCAUCAGCUUCUACUUAUAACAAUAAACCGCUCCAUCCCUGGUUGAGGGAUUUUUAA